AUGGAAACCACGCCCCCAGCUACUGCAGCUACGUUGCAACGAGUUGACACCUUUGAUAUCGAAGGACUCAAAAGUGCCAUCAUCGAAGAUGGCGCCAGAGCCAGAGCACUCCUUCAAUUCAAGUUGCGCAAGAAGCUUGACGCUUCACCGUCCCAGAGUUCAUGGGCCAAGUUAACGCUGAGUCUCAGCCCUACUUGGACGUCGAUAAGCCGUGGAAGGAAAGGAGCCCUAUUCCAUCCCGAGACCAGAAGAUGUGCCCGUCUCGUGUUCCGUAGCAGGACGAUCAAAGAAGACUGGCUCGUCAGCCCCUUGGCGGACGAGUUUUUCCUGGCCAAAACUACCAGCAACUACUAUGGCGCUCAGAAGCAUACAUAUACCACUCACCUGAUCGUCGAUGUCUCUCACCAUCAAGACCAGACCCGGUAG